AUGGGCUGCGUCACCAUGGCAACGAUGACAAAACAGAGGCCGUCCCGCACUGGCCACAGGACCAGGCAGCUGCGAGGACGUGAGAGAAGCUUUUGGAGCAGCAUGGACCGGGACAGCCACAGCGAAGACAGCCUCUCCACUCUGAUGUUGGACAGUAUCAAAACCAGGCUCAUACAGGCCUUCAGAGCGGCCGGGGAGGGGGGCUGUCAGAGAGCGGGACGUCCCAUCAGCAUCGGACCCAGUCUGCAGGCCAACGAGGAGCUGAGGAGGGCGCAGAUAGACGGGGCCAUCACCUGGAUCCGGUCUGAGCUGUCGGAGAUGAGGUCCCAGGACCUGCAGUUGGCCCAGACUCUGCUGGGACUGAACAGCGAGAUCCAGCGGCUGCGGAGGGAGAGCUUUGGAGGCUCCGACAUCGACGAGCAGCCGUAA